AGUUUUAAAGCGACCUACAACUAACAAAGAAAAACGGCUAAUUGUGGGUUACCUUAAGUUUUUAAACCGACGCCGACAAGCGCGCCAUUUGUAAACUACGCUGAAUUAAAUUUGAAGUUUAUAAACGGCGAUGAAGAAGUGACCGUUAUUUGUAAUAACAGGUAAUACCUAAAAAAUUAUAUCUAUUUUCCUAAGUUAUUCCAUAAACAAUUGUUUAACAAUUUACUAGUUGCAAAGCACAUAUAUUAAAAUGUCAACCUCUUACACACUGGAAGAAAUUUUGGAAAGACAAUGUGAAAAAUUACAAGAUCUUGAAAUUGCAACGAUAUUUGUUAAAAGCAAAGAUGCAAUGAAAGAAGAACUUCUUAAAAUGCGUACAGCAGUCUCGCAGAAAUGUAAUGAUAUAGAAAUCAUGAGGCAAAAAUUGGAUGAAAUGAAGAAGCAGAAUAAUCAAUGUAGAGAAUUAAUGUUGCAUAUCAAAGCUGUGAAUAAAAAAAUCAAUCACAUGAAAAAAAAUAUUCCAUCUGAGUUGAUUUAUGAUUAUUAUGAAACUCAAAAUUCCUUAUCAUUAAAAAGCAUGCCGGGAGAGGAAUUCACACCAGUACAUACAGUAAUAAGUGACAACAGAGAAAAACAAGAGACUCCAAUGAUAGACUGUAAAAAAGUAUUAUUUAACGAACCUGAAGUUUGUCUUAUGAUAUCUUUGAUAGGCACAGAUGAGUUCAGUAAAAUCCCAAAGUACAUUAUUGGGAGACAAUCUUUAGAAACAGUCAAUAAUUUUAUAAAUACCAUCAAUCAAAUAUUAAAAGCAAAAUAUAUGUUUUUAUCAUUGGGGAAAGCUCAUGCUAGAAAACAAGGAGAUUUGAAUCUUUAUUUACAUUAUAAAAAACAGGAAAUGGACAUAUGUAAUGAUAAUAAAUAUGUAUACUUUUUCACUGGUGAAGAUUAUGAAAGACAAACGAAAUCCAAAUUAGACAAACUCAAAUUAAAUUUAAUGAUAGUUCUACGACAUUGCAAAAGAUUAAGGGAGCACAGGAUAAAAAAUGAUGUCCGAUAUAUUCGCUUUUGUUUCGGUCGUCCUGGGAGCGUGUUUACCAGAAACACUCAAUUCACAAAGAUUAGACUCCCUGUCGAAUUGUUUCGACGAAACGAAGACUCAAGUUUAGUUUGCCAUGAAAGAAUUCUUCCCUUUUCAUUUCCAAGGAACGAGGUAAUCUGCUCUGAAAUAAUUUCGAUCGUACGUUCCACUUGUGGAGAUAAGAUAGUCUAAAACUAUCAUUUUUUUUUUUUUUUUUGUAUUAUUUAAUAGUAACCUUACCGUAUAACAAUAAUUUAUUUCAACUAAGAAAUUACACAUCAAUUUAACAAUUUAAUUGUAAAAAAUGCAUAUUCAAAAAAUCUCAACUUAAUGAUUAAUAUAUUGAAAAA